AUGGACCGCGCUCACCAAACGGUGAAGUUCUUCGGGCUCGUCUACUUCGAGUGCAAGGACGGCUACCUCGCCGCAUCGGGACUGGACGGGGAGCGACUUUUCCUCCGCACACAACACAUCGUGGGCGACACCGCGGAUGAGGUGCUGCGUUUCUUCGGAUUUGCCGACGUCUGCGUAUUUCGCGUGGUGCCGACGCUGAGCUCGCGAGCGGCGACGUCGUCCGUGAAGGGCGCGAGCGGCGCCUCGCCUUCGCAAAGCAGUCGCGGUGGUGGCAGCAGCAGGAGCAACGGUGAUGGUGGUGGCAUUGCGGCAGGAGGCGACAAGACAGAUGCUGCUCCAGCCUGUACGUCGAGUGGGUUAGGUGACUCGCCCUUCGACCCCAAUAAAGUAGCAGACGUUAUGGAUAUGGAGGAUAUCACCUACGGCAAGAGCUUAUCGCUGGUGCACGAGGCCAGCGGCCUUUAUGUGAGUGUCGCUCAGGCACUGCCUUCGGAGAACGACCCCGACUGUCUCAGUGUGGUGCUCGUGAAGCCUUCUGCUGCCAUGACGCCCUCCUGCGAGCUGUCGCUUGUCUCGCGCUACAAGCUCCACGCUGAGGGCGAUAAGUUGUGCCGUGCCGACAGCGUGCUAAUUCGGCUGGACGCCAACCCGAUGUUCAUCCAUGUCUCGUCCUCGCCGAUGAUGGAGCCAAGCAGCGGCGGCAACAACGACGGUGAUGUAGAACUCCUUCACCGUACCUUCCGCCUGGGCAGCAGUCUGUCCUACGCAUCGGGGAGUCGCACAGGGCCGGCAGGCGGCGUCGGCGGUGGCGGGGCGGCGGUGGCUGCGGCGUCCACGACUCUGCCCUCUCAAAGCUCCCGCCUCACUCUCCAGGGCAGCUUCGUCCUACCAGUAGGAAACCCCGCCGCCGCUGUCCCGGGACGCUGCAGCACCGCCGCCGCUGCGGAGGCCCUCACCCUCGAGUACCUGGACGAGGUGAACGCGUGUGAGGAGGGCGGUGUCAGCUUCACGCUGCAGCGCUACGACGUCGGCAGCGACUAUGCGGACCGCCAACGCGCGCAGCUUCGUAUUACACGCCCUUACAUUGCCUGUGGUGUCCCCAUCGCGCUUUACCACCGAGAGCGGGAGUCGUUUCUGAUGACGAGCGCGACGCAGUUUCCACAGUCGGUGGAGAUGGAGGGGGAGGAGCGAGGUGACGAUGAUCCCAGUCGCGGCAACACCAAUAAUGCAACUUCGUCCGCAGACGAUCGGCUGGCAACCCCGGGCUCCUCUCUUUUGUCUCCUACGCUGCAUCGUACGGCGGUGGAGAGCGCAGAGGAGGUCGACAUCGGUGAGGACUGUGCGGCGACGGUGGCGAAAAACGCCCCUGCAAGACCGCGUUGA